UUGUGAGUACGUGUAUCGUGGAUUUUAGUGAAAAAAAUCAAAGUGUAUAACCAAACAGGUUAUAACACCCGAAGGAAUAUAAAUAUGUGAUCUCUCUUCAAUAAUUAAAGGGUAAACAGCAAUCAAGAUGUCGGCCCUGGAGAAGUUCAAGAGGCGAUUAGUGCGCGACAUCGCACGUCGUCAAUAUGUCGAAGGUCAGCCUGAAGACGAGAUGUGGGAUCAGCUGAAGAUAGAGUACGGUUGUGAUUGCUUUUUGUUAUGGCAACACAUGAAGGUGUUAACUUCUAAGAAACUAAAGAGGAUGCUCGCUGCCGAAGAUCGAAUGGAGUGCAUCACGCGAGUGGCUCGGAUGACUUCAACCGACUGGCUCACCUUCGACCUGGUGCUAGUGCACCAAGAUGUCGAUGUUAUUGGAGAGGAGCUGAUACAGAACGGUAAACCGGAAUCACCAGUCCUUGAGAUAUUGUUUGAUCUGGUGAUGUCGCACAACAUAGAGAAUUCGUCGGGUGACCGUUUAGUUGCGAAGUGGGCCGCUUUGACAAAAAAGUACAAUACCAGAGGGCGGGAAUGCUCUGCCAUGUUACUGCAGCGGCGAUGGUAUCAAUUGAAAGAUCUGUCGAGACGAAGACUCUACGAAUUCUGGAUGCUUUAUCGUGGUAACCCAAGAAAUCUAGCGAAAGCCAUCAGACCGACAAAACUCCAGAUUCGAAUCUCUGAAAGGCUUCCAAAUCUAAUCACCAAAAAGUUUGUCCAAUGGAAGGAUUUACUAGAAUCGGGGAAAAUUGUUCAGGCCGUUCAAUUUGAAAGCAGGCGACGUAAAAUGGAAUCAAAUGCUAAAACUGAUGAUCCCGAUCUUGUUGUAAUUGAACCACAUAUAGAGACUAUAGAGGUCGCUGCGGAUUCUGAAGAUGAGGUCGAACAAGAAAACGGAAACAAAGAUAUAGAAAUAGAUGAAAACACAGAAGACAGCAUUACACCAAUGGAAGAUAAUGAAUAUACAUCUAAAACUGCUGAAAAUAGUCCAAAACCCACUGAACAUUUUGAUGCGUCUGAUAGUAUAAGUAACUUAAAAGUGUCAGUAAAGAAUGAACCAACGGAAGUGUUGGAAAUAAAUGAUACUCUAAGUGAUAAUGAACCAGUGGAAACUGAUAAUAUGGAAGAUACAGAAGAGGCGUCUGUACCAGAGCACGUAAAAAAUGAUCCUACAUAUCCAGAAUAUAACACAGUACUUCCCAAAAUUACAAAUAUAAUGGGAAAUGUGGAUAUGAUUGAAUCUAAUGAGAAAUGUUAUCCUAUAAAUCACGACUCAGUAACCAAUGAAAUUCUAUCUGAUUCUGAAGAUCCACCAAUCGAAUCUGAUAUUGCACCAAGUAUAAACUCUGAGGAUUCUAAUAAAAGUUUUGAAGAAAAUGUAGACAAAAAACUUCCUUUUAGUUCAGACGAUGUUAUUGACUUACACAAAUUACCGUCAACUUUGCAAUUUGUUGACGAUGGCAUCGAGUUUGUAGAUGACGACGAAGAUAAUCUAGAAGAAAAACCAGAUGCUAAUGAUGAUGAUGAAAUGGUAAAUCUGGAUGACGUCGACCCUUCAUACGGUAUAGAUAGAAAACUCAUUAUGAUUCCCAUUACUUACACAAAAAAAUUAGAUGAUAUGGAUAUAUUAAAAAACAUUGGUUACUCUAUGUUGAAAGGCAAAGACUUAAUUGAGCUUGUAGAAGCUGAGAGUAGAACUAUAAAACUUAACUCUGAAAAUAUUAAGACUGAAGUGGAAACAGAAUAUGAACAGAUAGACGAAACGGCCAUCGAAGGUGAUAGAGAAGUGACAAAAAAUAAUGGAGAAAUUGACGAAGCAAGAAGCCAAGAUUAUAAUCAAGUGAAUGACGAAACAACGAUAGUAAAAUCAGAUAGCAAGCAAGAAGGAAUUAUAAUAAAAUCAGAAAAACAAGAUAUAGACAAAAUGAGAAGCGAAGACGACGCAGGAAAGCGUGAAGUACCUCGAGUUAAAUAUACAAGCUGGUUACUCCAAAAACCAAAACAUAGAAACUACAACCCUAUACUGUUGUGUAAAAAUCCAGAUUUUAAUACGAGACUCAAAAGGCUAAGCGCGGGUUUCUUUUUAAGUGAACGUAACAGGCGACUUUUUAAUGCUUGUAAACCUCUCACUAUCGAUAUGCAUAAAGCGUUUGAAACUAAACUAGUCAACAACGUUUUAUAUCUAGAAAAUACGACAAUACCGAACUUUAAGCAAGAAAAAGUCACAGAAGUGUGUGAAAAUACUGCGUCGGUGAUCCCUUCCGCUGUGGCGGUUCAAAGCCUACUCGAUAUAACUAGAGUAGAACAAAAAGAUUUCAUGCCUGAAAAGCUACAAAUGGAUGAACCAAAACCAUCACCAAGCCAUGAACAUAAAGUUGUCCAGAUAAUCGAAAGAGGCCAUGUUAUAAAUGAGCCGUUAAUGUCACCGACAGUCCGUGCUGAUGAGAAUCUGUUAAAAGCUGACAUGAGUUCUGUUGCCCAGUUGAGUAAUCCAGUUUCAGAGAAUAAACCUGCUCAAUCAGCUACAUUAAACACGUGGCACAAUCCUAUAUAUGACAAAAAGAACAAGAAAGCAAAGACAAAACCGCUUCCACCUGUACCGAAGUGGUCUAAUUACGGUUCGAGUCUUGGACAAUACGAAGAAAGUUUAAUUACAAAGGAUACUCUCGCUAAAGUGAUCUGCUUCCUCGACACUGGCACGUUCCAACUACCCAAAAAGAGCGUGUCUGUCGAAGCAACAAAAAAGCUUACAACAAAGGAACCUAACCCACCUCCACCUCCCAUAAAAGCAACGAGCAAUAAAACAAUAAAUUUAACGAACGAGAACGAAUUAAAUAGCAAGCAAAAUAUGAUUUUAGAAAACUCGAAAGUACAUGUCCCGAAAAGGAAAAGAAAUAAGAAACCUCAAACUAUUGCAGUAAACAGUGGUUUUUGUUGUUGGUGUCGACAUCGGAUAGAAAUUCUGAGACCGGAAAAUCAAAACAUAACUUCUAUUAGAAGUAAGAAAUAUAGACAUUUAUGUCCAUUGGUUGAUUGUAAUUGUUGCUGUCAACAAGAUCUAUUGGAUAUGAUGAAAUCACACAAACUAGUGGACGAUCACACUUAUAGCCGCGACGGUGAAAUUCCGGAGCACAAGGAACCUGAAACAACGGUGAAAGUAACUCGUGAUAUAGCAAUUCAAGCGAUAUCUAUACAAAAUGAAAAUGGCCAGAUGGAAAUAAAAAGUGCCAUAGAAUUGUAUCAUCCGCAAAAUAAAAAUGUUCCUAAAAAUGCCCAAGGUACGAUUACCCUCGAUGUAGUAACAAGUGACUCCAAUGAUUAUACAUCUAAUCCUCUUAUAACAUACGCUGUAACGCAUUCAUCGGUAUCUACACAAUUUGAAUAUAAUUACGUCAUCGCAACACAAUCUACGCACGCUUCUUCUAACACAUGUGACACAGAUAGUCAAACGUCGCACGCGAAAACAGGGCCGCCCAUAAAAACAAACAUUAUUCCUGCAAGGCCACAUCGGGGUAAUAAGGCCGAGGUGUUCUCAGUGACGUCUUCGGCGGGCUGGCAGUCUGCAACAUCUAAUAUUGUAAUUAAUAAAAACAUUGUUCAGAAUGCAGUAAUUGAAACAAUAUCUUUGAUUGAGGAGGAAGUAGAUUCACCUCCAAAUCAAACGUCUAAUUCUCCCCAGAAAGGACUUUUACCACAAGGCGUCAAUAUAUUGCUUUUGCCUGACAACACGUUAAGUGUUUCUAUAGAACCCGGGGUACAAAUAGAUCCAGCUAGUUUAUCCAAAUUGCCAGAAAUUCUUUCCGUGGUUCAAAAGAAACUUUUGGAAUCCGGCAUACUUAAUAAAAAACGAAAACUUCCAACCAGAAAAUGGAAACAUGCAAUUAGAAAAGAGAUGGGAACAAAUUUCACUAGUAGAAAUACGGUGGUAAAUGACCCAACAAUCAAACAAUUGGAUCCUCAAAUAACUGAAGACAAUGAAUAUGUAGAAAUGAAUGCCGUAAACCCUGGAGUAAAUGUUGUCCAAGAAAAUGCUGAGCUUAAUAUACUCAACACAGAAGUAAAUGUUAAUGACGAUAAUGCCGAACUUAUUGUUAUGGGUCCAGAAGUUGAAGUUACUGAAGAAAAUGCUCAACUUCAUAUAUUGACGCCUGAAGUAAAUAUUACCGACGAAAAUGCUGAACUUAUUGCUAUGGGCCCAGAAGAACAGGUUACCGAUGAAAGGGCUCAACUUCAUAUUUUGUCCCCUGAAACAGAUGUUGAGAAAAAAAAUGUUGAACUUAAUCUUGCGUGCUCUGAAGUCCUCUCAAUCGAAGAAAACGCUGAACUUAUUGUCAUGAACCCUAAGGAACCUGUUGCCCAAGAAAAUACUGAACCUAAACUUGUGAGCCCUGAAGUCGACGAUUCCGAAGAAACUGUCGAACUUAAUCUUAUAAGCCCUGAAGUCCACUUCACCGAAGAAAAUUCUGAACAUCUUGACGCUGUCGAAGUAAAUAUUAGCGAAAAAAGUGCUGAUUUGAAUGUCAUUAGUACUGAACAAAACGCAGGGGACGCUCAGCUUAAUAUUAUGAAUGGCGAACUAAUGGCAACUCAAGCAAACGUUGAAGUUAACGUCGUGGAUGCUGAACUUAAAGCCACUCAAGAAAAUACAGGUCUUAACUUACAGUACUCCAAUACCAACGUCGACCUCAAUACUGCAGAAACAAACCCCAUCCUCCAUGUCGCAAGAACGGAUUUGGAAUCUAAAGUUGCAAAUACUGAAGAAAAUGUUAGAAAAGGUGAUGAAGAUAUAUUAACAUACACAGAUUAUAUUGUCAAAGUCGCUCCGGAGACCAGCAGAAAAUCUAUAUUAUCCGAUUUGAUGACAAUGUCUGGGAUAUCGACCGAAGAUACCAACAUGUCUACUGAAUGUCCGGUAAUUAAUAAUGUAACUACAGGACAAAAUACUCAUAAUAUAAUUAACAAUGUAAUUCCCACCAAUGUAAUAAAUUACAACUUACCAGACAAUCCGUACUUCCUUACUAACACCCACAAUAUAGGAGGAAACAUUCAAAUAGUCCCACCUCCGAAAAAGGUUAAAAAAGUAAUGGUAUUUAUUAAAAAGAGAUUAAAAAAAAAGCCUACAUUAGAUAGUUCCGUUAUCGAUCUUACCGAAGAUAAUGAUAAACCAGACGACCCUAGCAAACAAAAUGAUCCUCAAAUGGUUAAUAUGCAAAAAGAAGGAAACAAUUGUCAGAAAAUAUUGAAUCUCAAGAGGGCGAAAUUGAUUCGAGUGCCCGCAGCCGCCGUCCCGCCGAAGAUCUACCGAGCGGCGCAGUCUUUAUUGAGAAAGGACAAUUCAGUUCCCGUUCAAAACAACACAACUUUUUCGCCCAGCGACAUUGAAAAACAAAUGAAAAUACAUCUCGCGAGACAUUACAGGCAAUUGAAUAGAAAACCAACAAUUUUAGAUAUAUUAAAGAAUAUUAAAAAUUCUAAAGCUAUGCCAGCAACACCAAACACAUGCACCGAAUCGGACUCUUCUGAUGAUGAGCCAUUAGCGAAGAAAUCUAGGCGAAUGAGAACAGAAAAUACCGAUAGCAACUCGAGCUUGGUACCUAUUGAGCAAUAUAAUUUGCCCGUUGAAUUCAAUACAAAUGAACCAGUCGCGUUUUUCCCCGCAGCCGAUGGCCAUAACUCCAAUACAAACGCGGAUAACCAAGACUCCGAUACGAACGUUGAAGACUCUAUUUUAGGUAUUUGAGUUUGUAUUCUUAAAACUAUUUCUGAAGGCGUUUUCUUUGGAAUAUAAAAAAAAUUAACUCAAACCCAUCCCGCCUUGAUCGUCGGCUGGCUUGUUUUGUGUUUUAUUCCUAUCUAAUGAUUUUAAUUCGAUCUCUUUUGAAGUCGUGUAAGAUGUUACUAGAUUAUGUGAUUUUUAGAUAUUUAAUUUAUUCCUAGAUAGAAUAAAAAAAUAACAAAGGGUCUUUGCACUGCAUUCUUUACCAGUGACAAGAAUAUUAAAAUUCUUGCUAUAUAUAUUUCUUUUUCUGAUAUAUGACCAUGAAUUUAGCCGUAUUGUUUGUAUAAAAGCAUAUUGUUAUUUUUAUUGUUAUUAAACAGAUGUUACAACAGUGAAAACUCAUCA